AUUUUAUAUAAUAUGCCCACUACUGUUUACUACGGCACACUUGUACACUCUAUAUCUCUUAAGGAGAUGGAGAUUAUCUCGAAUGGUGUCUUAAUUGUCAAUGAGGAAGGUGCCAUUGUCCAAAUCGAGAAGGACAUUAAAGAUCUCGAAUCCUUUUUAGCAACUUCAGGUCAUAAAGAUUCCAAGAUUCACAUUUUGGGUGCCGAGCAAUUCCUCGUGCCUGGCUUCGUUGAUACUCACGCACAUGCUCCCCAAUAUAUGUUUGCAGGAUCAGGAAUGGAUCUUCAACUUCUGGAGUGGCUUGAUACACACGUAUUCCCAUGUGAAUCUGCUUUCAAGAGCGUGGAACACGCAGGCAAGGCAUAUACAAAGGUAAUCGAGCGUUUUCUUUUAAAUGGUACCACAACAUGCAGUUGGUUUGCUACUAUUCAUCUUGGUGGGUGUAAGAAAUUGGUGGAUAUUAUUCAAGAUUUGGGUCAACGUGCGUAUGUUGGUAAAGUGAACAUGGAUCAAAAUGCACCAGACUAUUAUAUUGAGGACACCGAAUCCAGUUUAAAUGAUACGCGUACAUUUAUCGAAUAUGUCCAAGAAAAAAAAUCCAACCUGAUCACACCUGUUGUUACACCUCGUUUUGCCAUUACAUGCUCCACGCCACUUAUGAACGGUUUGAGUCAAUUGGCUAACGAAUACAAUGUUCCCAUCCAAACUCAUUUGUGUGAAAAUCAUGAUGAAAUCGAUUUCACUUGUUCGCUUUUCAAAGAUUCCAAAGAUUAUACUAGUGUAUAUGAUGACCAUCAUCUCUUAAACGAGCGUUCUUAUAUGGCCCAUUGUGUUCACAUGACAGACGCAGAAAUUGAUAUGCUGGCUGAACGAAAGACAGGUAUCGCUCAUUGUGCAAACUCUAACUUCUCAUUACACAGUGGCGUCUGUGAUGUGAGACGUUUCUUAGAAAAGGGUGUAAAGGUUGGUCUAGGCACCGAUGUUGCUGGUGGAUUUUCACCUUCCAUGUUAGAUGCUGUUCGAUCCACUUUCUUUGCCUCCAAAACAGUUAAGAUAUUACACCGUGAUGGACCCUUAAAGGACAAGGAUUACGCUCCUUUGACCCCCUCAGAAUUACUCUAUUUGGCUACAUUAGGUGGAGCUCAAGUUUUAGGUUUACAGGGACAAAUUGGUAACUUUGAAAAGAACAAGGCAUUCGACGCUCUUUGGGUGGAUUUAGAGCAUGGAUCGAUCGACUUAAUGGGUGGCGAGACCAUGCAUCAAAAGAUUGAAAAGUUCUUAUUUAAUGGAAGCGACCAAAACUUGAAGCACGUUUAUGUUCAAGGUAGACGCGUCGCUGGUAAGAGUACGCAAUAAGGACAAUGCAUAAUGGCUUAUCCAUUCUGUAUAAAAUAAAAAAGUUCAUUUCCAAUC